UUGCGCGAAAAGGAUUGAUUUCGAUAUGACAGCGCGUGUCAGAAUGGCAGAGAAUGCUGCACAGGUAGUAAGCAGACUUGAGGGACGACAGUCACUGAGGGACAUUGAACCAAAUUUAUUUCCUGUGGAUGGUGGUCCAGGACAAGGUGACAUUGUGGAGUUUCAUGGCACGGAGGGCACAGGGAAGACAGAAACGUUGUACCACUUGAUCGCCCGCUGUAUCGCGCCCGUGCAGAGUGGAGGUCUGGAGGUGGGGGUGAUCUUCAUCGACACAGACUACCACUUUGACAUGCUGCGGUUAGUGAGCGUCCUUGAGGGGCGUUUGACUGAAGACUCAAAGGAGGGCGAAGGUUCUGAGAAUGAGCCUGAGGAGAGAGUACGCUCAUGCCUGCGCAGACUGUCUGUAAUACACUGCAACAGCUCGGUACAGCUGCUCCUCACCUUGCACUACCUGGAGAACACCAUCUCUAGCCAGCCCUCCCUCUGUCUCCUGGUCAUCGACAGCAUCUCUGCCUUCUACUGGGUGGACCGAUUCAAUGGCGGUGAGAGUACAGUAUGUCAGGAGGCUAACUUGAGAAAGUGUGCUGAAUUGCUGGAUAGACUUCGUAAAAACUAUGGCAUUGUGAUUUUCGCCACCACUCAUGCCAUCAUGAGGAACUACGGAUCUGCAGCUGAUCCAGAUGUGUAUGGCUCGACGUCUUCCCGCUGGUGGAGGGCAGCCGAUAGCGCUACAGACUUUGACAAACCAUAUUUGUGCAGAGCAUGGCAGAGAAUCGUAACUCACAGGCUGCUGUUCAUUAAAAGCCAUGUUUCAAAAGACAACAAGCAGGCUUUCUCUGCUGCUUGUACAUGCAUAAUGACGAAAGGUGUUAAAAGAUGCUUGUUUUUUGUCAUGGACGAUGGUAUGAAGUUUUUAUGUGACAAGUGAGCGUGGACUCAAACUCUCUGCAUGGAAUAGAAACUGGAUGCUUUUAAAAAAUUAGGGUUUAUAGCUAAGCUUCUCUGGAUUGCAGAAGAAAAUGUGAGGUAGAAACGGGUCCUCUUGUGGUCCAUCAUUGUGUUUAAUGAUCAAUCCCUUACUUUUUCACUUUACUGAUUUAGAAUAAAAUCGAACAAUCUCAGUGAGCCUUGGACCAUUAAAUGUUACUAAAUAAAGGUCACAUUUCAC